AUAGUUGAUUUUGUAGAAAGUAAACUAAACAUUUAUAUUUGUUUGUAAACAUAAACGUAAAAAGUUAAUCUAGUUUUAUAAAUUAAAAAUAAAAUAAAUAAAUAAUAUUGAAUUUAAUUAUAUCAUGGCUGACGAGACAGAACAGGUGCCAGCAAUAAAUGUUAAAGAACCCUUAGAUCUUAUAAGAUUGAGUCUUGAUGAAAGAAUAUAUGUUAAAAUGAGAAAUGAGAGAGAAUUACGGGGACGAUUACAUGCUUAUGACCAACAUUUGAAUAUGGUAUUGGGCGAAGCAGAAGAAACUGUAACUACCGUAGAAAUUGAUGAAGAAACAUACGAGGAAGUUUAUCGUACGACUAAAAGGAAUAUUUCUAUGCUUUUUGUUCGUGGUGAUGGUGUAAUUUUGGUUUCACCACCAAGUAUGAGAGCACCAAUAUAAAAUUUCUAUUUACAUUGAAUCUAUCUAAAAAUAAGAAACAAAUAAUAUAAUUUUACGUUGAUACAAUUUUAUCAACUUUUGUAAUGAGCAUUUAACAAGUAUCAACAAAAAUCAAUAAACUAAUAGAUUUAAUUAUAAUAAAAAUCUAUAACAAUAGUUAUAAAAAUUGUAAUCUAAAUAAUGAAAAAAACAAAUCAAGAUGUGGUACACUAUG